CGUGACCCAGAUAGAAGAAAGAGAGGGCAAAAGAGUCAAUCAUGUGCCAAAUAGAAAAAGAAAACACAAAAUAAAUUAUAAAAGAGUGAAAAAGCAUUCCAGCGAGAUGACCUUGUUUCAUAAUAGCAAACUGACAAAGCCCACUUGAUUGAUGGCAUUUUGACGAGGCUCCUUCUUGACAAUGGUCAAAUUCCAAAUUUCUCCCCGUCCCCCACCACAGACCAGAGACCACAGUCCCCAGUUCCCCACUCUGCUGCAAAACCCUCGUCUGCACCUGCAACCAGCGAUCGAAGCCGAUCUGCGCCAUGCCGUCCGCCUCCGGCCGCCGCAAUCCGUCGCGGUCCGCCUCCUCAAUCGUGGCCGACAAAGAGCGCGGGCGCCACGAGCUCAUUGUCGACGCCGGCACCCUCGUCGCCGCCGCACCCGCCGGAGCAGGGGGGCUCCUGGCUUCCUCCCCCUUCACCGUGGGUGGACACCGCUGGCGUGUCCGGUACUACCCCAACGGGAACGGCACGGCGAGCAAGGGGUGGGUGUCCAUGGGUACCUUCCUCGACGAGGACGUCGCCGAGCCGGUGAGGGCGAGGUUCCGGCUCAGCAUCGUGUCGGAGGCGCGGGCGCUAUUCUUCAUUAAGCGCAAGGAAGAGUGGCUGUCUCAUCCCGAAGUGCAGCACGAUUUCACCAGCCGCACCGGUUGGGGAUAUUCGAAAUUCUGCAAGAAUGAGGAUCUGGCUGCGCUGGUGCGUCGCCGCGGGCUCGACCGAUUCAGCAUCAGGUGCGACAUCGUCGUCCUCAACGGGUUCCGCACGGAGGAGGAGGCGCCGUCGGCCGCCGUUCCCCCGUCCGAUCUGCACAAGCACCUCGGCGAUCUCCUCCAGGCCGGAAGGGGCACCGACGUGGUGUUCGAGGUCGGCGGCGAGGCGUUCGCCGCGCACCGGUGCGUUCUCGCGGCCCGGUCGCCGGUCAUCAGCGCCGACCUCCUGGGCGCGGCGAAUGACGGCGCCGCAGCAGCCGGCGUCGUGCGCGUGGACGGCGUGGAGCCGCGGGCGUUCAAGGCUCUGCUCCGCUACGCCUACACCGACUCGCUGCCGGAGAUGGACAAGGAAGAGGAAGACGCCAUUCUCCGGAACCUGCUCGUCGCGGCGGACAGGUACGGCUUGCCGAGGCUCAAGACGAUCUGCGAGGACAAGCUGUGCAGGCUCCUUGACGUCGCCACGGUGGAGAUCGUGCUCGCGCUCGCGGAGCAGCAUCACUGCGACAGACUGAAGGAAGCAUGCCUGCAGUUCCUCGCUGUUCCAGCGAACCUGCGGGCAGUCAUGAGAGCUCGUGGCAAUUAGCGGUCUGGAUCGUGUGCUCCUCACGUAAUGCUGAUGUCGGAAUCAUCGAUCAUGGCUCCUGCACUUCUGAUUGUCUUAUGUUAUCUGCUAGAGUUUAGUAAUUACUAGGGUGCGUGGCUACUUCGGUCCUUUGGAGGAUUACUGUCAUCUGGCCUCUGAAUGAUACUCCUAGUUAGUAAGGCAUCCCUAUGACUGCUGACUGAUCAGGAUUCAGGAAUAACUUUGUUGUUAUGUAUCUCUGCACAUUGAAUAUUCACUAGGCAUCUCUGGUUGUUUCAAUGCUUGUGCUGAAGAAGCUGUUUGCCACAUUGCA